AUGGCCCUCAACAUCCCACUGGGAUCCGGCGGAGGAGCCCACACGCAGCCCUCGUUGCCUUCGCUGCCGGCACAUCUUCAGUCUGACACUCACAUCACGGCACAUCUCGCCAGCCGCUUUCAUGUGUCAAUUCCGACUGCUCGGCUUUCUUCGCACGCACUGGUGUCUUUAAACACCUAUACAUCGUCGACCAAGGGUGUUGAUGGCGGCAAAGAGGGCAGCGCCAUGGCCGGCGCCGAAGACAUGGCCGACAGGUCGUACAUUCGGCUCGGACACAGGUCUGAGAACCAGGCCAUCGUUUUCCUUGGUGAAUCGGGCUCCGGAAAGACGACGAUUCGAAGCCAUCUCUUGACUGCUCUUCUCAACAAAUCCUCGACGCCGCUGUCCGCAAAGGCUUCCCUCGCUGCCUACGUCUUUGAUACCCUCACGACGACCAAGACAGCAACGACACAUACCGCUUCCAAGUCGGGUCUGUUCUACGAGCUGCAAUACGAUACAGCAUCAACGACCAAUCCCCUUUUGAUUGGUGCUAAGCUGUUGGACCACCGUCUGGAAAGAAGUAGAAUCGCCGAGGUUCCAACAGGAGAGAGAAACUUCCAUGUGCUCUACUACUUGCUGGCUGGAACGAGUGAUGCGGAAAAGUCGCAUCUUGGUAUCGAUACACCUCGCGAUGCUGCCGGCCAGAGGCGAUGGAAGUACUUGGGUCACCCCACGCAGCUCAAAGUUGGCAUCAACGAUGCUGAGGGUUUUCAGCUCUUCAAGAAUGCUCUGCGAAAGCUUGAGUUUCCCCGAAGUGAAAUUGCCGAAAUCUGCCAGAUUCUUGCGUGUAUCCUGCACAUUGGACAACUUGAAUUCGAGACAACCUCAGAUACCACCCCGACGGCCGACGAUAGUGGUGGUUUCUCCCACGAGGGUGGCCAGACAAUAACUGGUGCCAAGAACAAGGAUGUUUUGGGAAUAAUUGCCGCCUUCUUGGGAGUAAGCUCGGCCGACCUGCAAAGCACCAUGGGCUACAAGACCAAGAUGAUUCACCGCGAGAGAGUGACGGUCAUGCUUGACCCCAAGGGAGCUCGUGCAAAUGCAGACGAACUUGCCCGCACACUCUACUCUUUGUUGGUUGCCUAUGUCAUUGAGACCAUUAACCAGAAGAUUUGUGCUCCUGAAGAGUCCAUCUCCAACACCAUUUCUAUUGUGGACUUCCCUGGCUUCUCCCAGCAAUCCUCGACUGGUAAUGCUCUUGACCAGCUCUUGAACAAUGCCGCCGUGGAAUCCCUGUACAACUUUACUUUGCAGAACUUUUUCGAUCGCAAGGCAGACUUGCUUGACACUGAGGAAGUCUCUGUCGCAGCGACGAGCUAUUUCGACAAUUCAGAUGCUGUCAAGUGUCUCUUGAAACCUGGCAAUGGAUUGUUGAGCAUCUUGGAUGACCAGACCAGACGGCAUCGCACUGAUCUCCAGUUCCUCGAGAGUUGCCGCAAGCGAUUCGAUGGCAAGAACCCUGCCAUUCUGGUGGGUUCUGCUCAGGCCAAGCUUCCAGGUAGCAACUUUUUCACGGAGAACACAGCCGCUUCCUUUACAGUUAGGCACUUUGCCGGUGAAGUCGAAUACCCUAUCAAGGGACUCGUCGAAGAGAAUGGCGAGGUCAUCUCUGGUGAUCUGAUGAACCUGGUAAACUCCAGCAAGAAUGACUUUGUCGUCCGUCUGUUUGGCCAGGAAGCUCUCCAGACUGUCAUGCACCCCAAGGAAAAGUCCACCGUCAUGCAGGCAUCUGUGAGCUCCAAGCCCAUGAGACAGCCGAGUGUCAUGUCUCGCAAGGGAGGAAGGGCCGGUCGCGCGAACCGCAUGAGGCAGAGCUCGGUGGACGAUUUUGGCAGUGACGCUGAAUCCCGGCAUGAGGGCAGAGGUUCUGAUUCAAAGAAGAGCAGCCGCCCAUCCGAGCAGGGCGCCUCUGGACAGUUCCUAGCCUCCGUGGACAAUGUGAAGCAAUCUCUUUCAGCGCCAAACACGAACGCAUAUUUCGUAUUCUGUCUCAAGCCAAACGAUCGACGAAUUGCGAACCAAUUCGACAGCAAGUGCGUUCGGACCCAGGUGCAGACCUUUGGAAUAGCCGAGAUUAGCCAGCGUCUUCGAUCUGCCGACUUCAGUCUGUUCCUUCCCUUUGGCGAGUUCCUGGGCCUUGCUGAUGCCGACACCAUUCUGGUCGGCAGUGAACGGGAAAAGGUCGAAAUGGUGGUACAUGACAGACAAUGGCCCAGCAACGAAGUCCAAAUCGGAUCCACUGGCGUGUUCCUCAGUGAAAGAUGCUGGAUGGAAGUUGCCCAGCUCGAGGGUCACUCAGCAUCCGGCCGAUACCCCUCGGACGCCGGUGAUGGCCAGACUCCUUCGCCUGGCGCAUUUGGUGCCUCCAAGGAGCGACUCUUCCACUCUGGAAACACGCCUCUUCUGCACAGCAAGGAGAGAAGUGGCUACUUUGGCGGUGACAGCGAUGCUCGCUCUGACGCUGGAGUCUCGGCUUUCGGAGCUGGUGAUAUGUUUAAAAACCUGGACACCAGAGAGCAAAUGGCGGAGCGUGGCAAUGAAAAGUCCCUCGUUGAAGUCGAAGAAUUCAGGGAUAGUCCAAGCCGAAAGCGCUGGGUGUUUACCACCUAUCUCCUAACGUGGUUCAUCCCAGAUUUCCUCAUUCGAUGGUGCGGCAUGCCCCGAAAGGAUGUCCGCAUGGCUUGGAGGGAGAAGCUUGCCAUUAACAUUAUCAUCUGGUUCAGUUGUUUGGUGGCAGUCUUUUUCAUUAUCAUCUUCCCUAUGCUUAUCUGUCCCAAGCAGUAUGUCUUCAGCACAGAAGAAUUGUCGUCUUACAAUGGCAAGUCUGGGUCGGAUGGCUCCUACAUCGCUAUCCGCGGCCAGGUCUUUGAUCUUGAGGCAUAUCUCCCCUCGCAUUAUCCACCGUACAUUACUGAGAAAACCAUUACUCAGUACGCCGGCUCGGAUGCCAGUGACCUGUUCCCGGUUCAGAUCUCAGCCUUGUGUCAAGGAACCACUGGCUCGGUCGAUCCAUCGGUCAGUUUCGGCAAUAGCACGAACUAUUACGCACAAUACCACGACUUCCGCUACAACACAGAUCUCUACCAACCUGACUGGUUCUACGAGAAGAUGGUCGAGCUCAAGGCCAGUUACAAAAAGGGCAACAUUGGCUAUUCUGCCGAAUACGUCUCAACUUUGGCGGGCAAGAGCAAUUACAUUGCAAUGCUAAAUGGCCGUGUCUACGAUAUGACAGACUAUAUACGCGGCAGUGUCAGCCUCCAGACUCCAAAGGGUGUAAAUGCCUCGAGUGAUUCAUCUCUGCUAGAUUUCAUGGACGAUCUCGUGGUUACUCUCUUCCAAUUGAAGUCGGGCACAGAUGUUACCAAGCUUUGGGACUCACUGGAUCUUCAAACGGACGAGCGCAAACGCCAACAGCUUUGUUUAGACAAUCUGUUCUAUGUUGGAGACGUUGAUACCAGAAAUUCAGCUCGCUGUCAGUUUGCCGAGUACCUGGUUUUGGCCAUCUCUAUCAUUCUAUGCUGUAUCAUUGGUUUCAAGUUCUUUGCUGCUCUGCACUUUGGUGGCAAAAAUAUGCCAGAGAACCUAGACAAGUUCAUCAUGUGUCAGAUCCCGGCUUAUACAGAAGAUGAAGAUUCGCUUCGUCGUGCCAUUGACUCCGCCGCACGCAUGCACUAUGAUGACAAGCGAAAGCUGCUCGUCAUUGUCUGUGAUGGUAUGAUUAUUGGUCAAGGUAACGAUCGACCCACGCCUCGCAUUGUUCUCGACAUUUUGGGCGUUUCGGAGACUGUCGACCCAGAACCUCUCAGCUUCGAAUCGCUCGGUGAAGGUCUCAAGCAGCAUAACAUGGGCAAGGUCUACUCUGGCUUGUACGAAGUCCAAGGUCACAUUGUGCCUUUCCUCGUCGUUGUCAAGGUCGGAAAGCCAUCCGAGGUUUCGCGUCCUGGAAACCGUGGCAAGCGUGACUCGCAGAUGAUCAUCAUGCGUUUCCUCAACCGCGUCCACUAUAAUCUGGCUAUGAGUCCUCUGGAGCUCGAGAUUUAUCACCAGAUCCGAAACAUUAUCGGCGUCAACCCGACAUUCUAUGAGUUUAUGCUGCAAAUCGACGCUGAUACCGUUGUCGCACCCGACUCCGCAACUCGCUUUGUCGCCGCCUUCCUGGAUGAUACGAGAUUGAUUGCCUGCUGUGGUGAAACCGCCCUGACCAACGCCAAGGCAUCAUACAUUACGAUGAUUCAGGUGUACGAAUACUUCAUCUCACACAACCUUGCCAAGGCCUUUGAAAGCUUGUUUGGUAGUGUCACUUGUUUGCCUGGUUGUUUCUCCAUGUACCGUAUUCGUGCCGCCGAGACCGGAAAGCCUCUCUUUGUGAGCAAGGACGUUGUCGAAAACUACGCCACAAUCCGUGUCGAUACUCUGCACAUGAAGAACUUGCUCCACCUGGGUGAGGAUCGAUACCUGACCACGCUUCUCCUCAAGUUCCACAGCAAGUUCAAGACAAAGUACAUCAGCCGAGCCCACGCCUGGACUAUUGCGCCCGACACUUGGCAAGUCUUCCUUUCUCAACGUCGACGAUGGAUCAACUCUACGGUGCACAAUCUGAUGGAGCUUAUGCCCAUGGCUCAGCUCUGUGGUUUCUGCUGCUUUAGUAUGCGUUUCAUCGUUUUCGUCGAUCUCAUGUCCACUGUUGUCCAGCCUGUUACGGUUGCCUACAUUGUAUAUCUCAUCGUUGAGGUGGCUACCAAGUCAACUGUGAUUCCGCUGACUGCUUUUAUCAUGCUGGGUGCCAUUUAUGGUCUCCAAGCCCUAAUCUUCAUCUUCCGCCGAAAGUGGGAAAUGAUUGGAUGGAUGAUUCUGUACAUCCUUGCCAUUCCCGUCUUUUCCUUUGGUCUGCCGCUGUACGCCUUUUGGCACAUGGACGACUUUAACUGGGGUAACACACGUGUCGUUGCUGGCGAAAGAGGCAAGAAGGUUGUUGUCACAGACGAAGGCAAAUUCGACCCAGCCUCCAUCCCUCGCAAGAAGUGGGAGGAAUACCAGGCCGAGCUCUGGGACGCCCAGACUGCCCACGACGACACCCGCUCCGAGGUCUCGGGCUACAGCUACGCCACCAAGCAAGGUGCUGCUGUCACGGAGUUCUACGCUGGUAGUCGCAAUGGCUCGACGCACGGUCUCAUUCCUCCCUACAACAUGGCGGGUGCUGGGCACAUGUCUCGCAUGUCGCUUGCGCCGUCUGAGAUGAUGGGCAACCGUAUGAGUCAAUAUGGUGGUUCGCAAUUCUUCAACAACCCACAAGAGAUGGAAAUGUCCAACCUGGCCGGCGUGCCAAGUGACGAUGCUUUGUUGGCCGAGAUUCGUGAGAUUCUGCGCACAGCUGACUUGAUGACCGUCACCAAGAAGGGCAUUAAGCAAGAGCUCGAGAGACGCUUCAAUGUUCCUCUCGAAUCGAGAAGGGCAUACAUCAACAAUGCUACCGAAGCUCUGCUAUCUGGUCAAUUGUAA